UCCGUGGCUGGGAACGACGCAGUGCAGCCCAAACCGCGCCGCCGCGACUCUGUCGGCGAGUAGCCUCGCAGCUCACGACGACGUAGUUGGCUGGGCUCGUCGAGCGCUCAGCUGUGCGGGAUCUUUCGGGAUAGAGUGUAACGAUGAGGACGACGGCCGCCGCCGCAGUGGGCACCGAGCGGGGUUUCGGCCGAGCGUGGCUCCUCUCGAUUGCAUGGCUCGUCCUUUGGCAAGGCGUCUGCCAAGCCGUCAGAAUUGGCGUGCUGCUUGAGCCCAAGCAUAGAGACGCAUGGCGGGAAUUCGAGUGGGCCAUGAACAGCUUCAACACGAGCCAGACUGCCAAGCGCCUGGGCAUCCAGUUCAGCACGUACGCGGCUACAGUCGACCACGGCGACGAUCUCUUCACAGUGACACACGAACUGUGCCGACAGCUAACUGCUGGAGUGACGACUGUGCUGAUGCCGACGUCGGGGCUUUCGGGCGCAGCGGUGCGUUCGCUGUUCGCCACCACGAACGUGCCACGCGUCGCACCCGGCGAAAGCUGCGCCCCCGAAAACGACGCGGCCGCCGCCGACGACGCGGCGGCCAACGAGACGGCUCGCGACGACGAGGCCUCCUCGCCGCGGGGGCAGCCGGCCGCGCCUCUCGGGGUCAGCAUGAUGCCCGACCUGUCGGCAGCCGUGCUUGACCUUGCCCGCGCGUGGAACUUCCGCUCGGCCGUCUUCUUAUACGACUCAGACCAUGCGCUGGCCACCCUGGCACGGCUGCUGCAGCCGCCGGAGGGCCGCCAGCGGCUCGGCGUCACGCGGGCGUUGCGAGUGUCACGUGACGGAGGCUCGGAGGCUGCGCACGCCAUCCUGUCCGGCAUGGAGCGCGCCAACCCGCACGCUCGUAAGCUGGUCGUGCUCGACUGCGACCACCAGCUCGCCAGGGACAUCGUCAUCCGGCACGUGAGAGACAUCUACAUGGGCCGGAGGAACUACCACUACGUGCUCGCGAGGCCCGUUGUAAGCCACCGGUACCUUGAAGGAGUCACUGAAUUCGCUGCUAUCAACAUCACAGCGUUCAGGUUCCAAAACACCGAGGAAUUGACGCGAACCUACAAUUACAGAACAACGGCCGAAGAAGCGGCCAUCGCGGAUGCGGCGCAGCUGCUGAUCGGCGCGUACCGGACCCUGCGGGAGGAGCCCCCCGCCCGCAACGGUGACCUCUUCGAGGACCGCGUGCGAGUGGCCCCUGGUGCGGCCACCUCCCAGUGUGGUCGAAUCGCCUACCUCACCCAGCAGCAGGGCCGAGUGGUCGACUCGUACCUGAAGGGCGUUGUAUUUGACGGAAAGACAGGGAGGGUCGAAUUCGACGAGAGAGGUUGCCGCGUCAAUUUCACGGUCGACGUGAUUCAAGUCAACGGGAAAAACCAGUGGCUUAAGACUGGGACUUGGUCGAGCCGGGGCUUUAUGCCGAUUGGAGGACAAGAGGAAGUGACAACGAAAUACGACAAGGACUACGUGCACAGGGUUGCAAUGACUCUGGCAGAGCCAUUUCUGAUGCGGAAGACUCGGCCCAUCGAGACUGACCGGGGUGAACCAGAAUACGAAGGGUUCAACAAGGACCUUAUGGAGGCAAUCAGCCGCAUCACCGGCAUCAGAUACGCCAUUCACGUUGUCAAGCAGGGAUCCCAGAUGGCUAGCUGGAGGAGCUCCUGGGAAGGCAUGAUCACCGAGAUCCUCAACGGGGAGGCCGACGUCGCCAUAGGUGACAUGGCGGUCGGAUCUCACCGCUGGUACGACGUGGACAUGACGCUUCCCGUUCUGAACACUGGCCUAGCGGCAGUGGUGAGAAGGACGGCGCUCAAGGGCGUGGGCCUGCGCACUUUCAUAGCCGCCUUCGAUUGGCGCCUGUGGGCGGGCUUCGGUGCCUCAGUAGUGGCCGUGUACGUGGUAUUGGGCGUGAUAAGCCUGGUCUCCCUGAAAAGCGCCGUGCACUGCUGCCUAGAGCUUCAGGCCGGGGCCGCCUCAGAUGCCGACAAGCCCCGUCCCACCAGCUACAGCGGGCCCAACACGUCGUGCGCAAACUUCAAGGCCAGGUCUGUCUCUGGCCGCAUUGUGGGCAGCUUCUGGUGGAUCUUCUUGGUGCUGGUUUUCUCCGCCUACACGACCGAGCUGGCCUGGUACCUGAGGCCGAGGUAUGAGAUUGAGACCUGGGAUCAACUGGACAGCACACAACUCAAGCAUAUGUGGGUGCCGACAGCAGCCACUAGGAGAUACUUUAUGAGUAAGUUUGACGAGAUGACCAAGAGGUUCCAGAACCACAUCAGCGAACAGGAAGGCCGCGAGGUGGCCUCACUUCGAGAAGCUGUGGAGAUGGUGCGCAGCAGCUCGCCUGGAAACCUGGUCGUGUUCGCUGAUGCGCUGGCCGCCGAGUACCUGAGCGGCCAGCCACCCUGCGACACCAGGGUCAUACGAGCGCGCCACCACGCGUGGCACGUGGCGCUGGCCGUGGAAAAGAACGCCACCCUGAGAGAAACACUUAACCGAGCCAUAUCGACUAUGUCUGAGACAGGGGAGUUGGACGAAAUCAAACGGAAGUGGUGGUCGACCAGAUGCAACAAGCCUCCCGAGGACGAGCCGAUAAAGCUGCGGCUCUUCCUUCCGGUUGCUCUCGCUAUGGCCGGGCUCAUACUGGAAGGCGCUGGUCUUGGUUUAGUGGAACUACUCGUGCGAGGCUGCAACAAACUUUGCAUCUGGGCUGCUCGGCCCAAGUCCGAACGAUCUGCGCAGGAGACGGGCCCACCGCUAAAGACGAUCACUUUCCGAUCGUGCCCUAUAUGGAAGAGCAGUGAAGUGCACGGGAGAGCGGCGGCCGCCCGCUGUGCAGAUAGCCUGCGCGUGAACUCAGGGAGGCCAGGCGCCACUCACGCGUCGAGAAGCGCCGGCAUGGAGGGGCUGCUCGUCUCCGUCACCAUCCUCCUUGGCUUACAAUCGGUCCGCAUUGCCGGAGCUGUGAAAAUAGGUGUUAUACUUAAGCCCGACUUAAACAUAGUACAGUCCGCAUAUGAAGGAGUAAUGUACAACUACAGCAACAGCAACGUUGCUCAGGAGAUAAAAUUCAAGGUGAAGACAAACUUCGCCACACUGGAAGACACCGACCUUUUCUCCACCAGCAGAACACUGUGCGAGCAGCUGCGCACCAACGUGACGACAGUGGUGGUGUCGAGCACGUCCCACUCGUCGCUGGCGCUGCAGUCCUUGUUCAAGAACACGAACGUGCCGUACGUGGCCACCUCGUACCAGGAGCACUGCAGCGUCAACGUGGGCGGAAACCUGAACCUGCCGUCGGCUGACUCCCUGGGCGUCUCGCUGCUUCCCGACUAUUUGCCGGCCGUCUCAGAGAUGGUCGAUCACAUGCAAUGGCCCGGGUUCAUCUACGUCUACGACUCGGAGAACGGUCCCUCGAAACUGCAGCGGCUGCUGAGUCACACGUACCGUAAUCCGGUGACGGUGCGCUUCGUUAAGCGCAUCACAAACAGCAGCGACGCCAACGAUUUCCUGCGCAUGCUGGAGACCACGGACCGCGAGAGCCGCAAGCACGUGCUGCUCGACUGCCGCUUCGACGUGGCCCGCAGAAUCAUCGUGGACCACGUCCGAGACAUCUACAUGGGUCGCCGGAACUACCAUUUCUUCCUCGUCAAUCCGGUUGUUAACGAACUCACCUACGACAAGAUUCCCGAGUUUGCAGCAGUGAACAUCACUGCGUUGCGGCUCGUCAGCGAGGACGUCUCCCAGCAGUCGUCCAUGGAUCCCUCACAGGAGCCCAGGGAGAAAAGAAUCACGCUAGAAGAGGCGCUCAUUCAAGAUGCGGCGUCUCUGAUAGUGGAGACGUACAAGGGCCUGAAGCUGCGAAGCGUGGUGCCGCACCGGUAUUCGUACAUCUUUGAGGACCACGAGGACGACGAUUCGCUGGCGGCGGCCACCAGGAGAGACGGGGGCCCGUCGGCGGUUCUCCAGCCUCCACGGCUCGAAGCCGAGCUGCUCGAGGAAGGCGCCCAGGCGGUGCCGCAGUCGGACGCGCCGCACCAAGGCUGUGGAGAGCGGCCGUCGGUUCCGCAGGAACUCGGCGAGAUCAUCACUAAGCAUCUUCGAGGGAGGAGCUUCCAAGGUCUCACUGGUCCUAUUCGUUUCACGAAUGACGGAUGCAGAAUUGACUACAAAGUGCACAUUGUUCAGUUAAACACCACGAAUGAGGCUUUCAAGGUGGCAGAGUGGUCAGACACUAAGGCGUUCGAACCAGUGGUUAAGCCCCUCGAACCUUUGGUCAACAUUACAGAGGAACUCAAUAAGGACCGCGUGUACCUGGUACAGAGUGUUCUGGACAAGCCGUACCUGAUGGUGAGGGACUCCAUUGAUGGGCUGGAACGCACUGGCAACGAUCGGUAUGAAGGCUUCUGCAAAGAUUUGAUGGACGCCCUCGCCAGGGAGCUCCACAUCAAGUACGAGCUGAGGGCAGCGGAGGAGACCGUCUACGGCCGCCGAGACCACAAGGUUCAGGGUGGUUGGACGGGACUCAUCGGACAAGUAGUGCGGAAGGAAGUGGACAUGGGCGUCGCCGCCACCCUGGUCAAGGCUGAGCGCCGCGAGGCGGUGGACUUCAGCCUGCCCUUCCUGGAGACCGGCACCGUGGCACUCGUUCUGCGAACCGAGCCCGUGCUGGGGCGCGGCAUGCUCACCUUUCUGGCGCCCUUCUCGUUCGAGCUGUGGAUCUUCUUCGUGACCGGCUUGGCCGUCGUCAUGAUCGUCAUGUUCCUCGUGAGCUUCUUCACGGCGCAAGCCUCUGCUGCUGCCGAAAAGCCAGGAGUCGAGCGGCACACGUCGGGCGCACUUUUCAAAAGUCUUUGCUACACGCUCGAGGCCUUCACGCCGCACUACAUUGAUUCGUAUUACGCCAGGUCCAUCGCCGGGCGGUUGAUCGGGAACGUGUGGUGGCUCUUCGUGGUGUUCGUGUUCUCUGCGUACACGGCCAGCCUGGUGCCCUUCCUCUCCACAGAGACGAUGCCCCGACGGCUCGCCACGGCCGAUGACCUCGCCGGCCAGACGGCCGUCGAGUACGGAUUCACCAGGCAGUCGUCCGCCAGGAACUACUUCGAGAACCCGAACCUGAACUCCAGCGUGCACAAGCGCAUGUGGGAAACGAUGAACAACAGGCCCCACGUGUUCACCGCCUCGGACGGCGACGGCGUCGAGCGGGUGCGCUCGUCGAAGGGCCGCUACGCCUUCUUCAUGGACGCCAACAAGGCGGACUACAUUAGCAGCCAACGCCCCUGCGACACGGCCACGCUGGGAGAGCCUUUCGGCCGACGAAACUUCGCCGUGGCGCUGCCUAAGGACUCGGCGCUCAGAAUGCCUCUUGAUGAAGCCAUUGCCAGGCUUACAGAAACUGGGGAGCUGGUAAAGCUAAAGAAAAAGUGGUGGACUGAAAAAUCUGUCUGUCAAGAAGUUUUCAGGAAGGAUGGCCUCGUGAUGACAUUAGAGAAUUUCCUGGGUGUAUUCUUCAUCCUCGGCGGAGGAGUGGCGCUUGGCCUCCUUGUGGGAUUCAUCGAGAUCGUGUACCGCGCGUGCGCGCGCAGUUCAUCAUGCACGAAGGGUGAAGAUGCAGCGCCCACGGAAGAAGCUCAAAUACCCGAAAAGGAGUACAUCGACCAACCACUGGCCUGCGCGUAACUCUCCUGUUAGGGGCCCAAGCCGGAAUCUAUAACGUUGGUUCCGCUGAAGCCAAGACUCAGCAUUUAUCAUGCCAGCGUGUGCAGGAGGCCGAAAUUCUCUCGAGAAGUGUUUUUCUGAGCGAACACUUAAUUUUCAUCCACAUCCUUCGUUAUGUUUGCAUUUCACGUUCAUUGUUUUAUGAUGACAGCUUACCUUCACACGUACCGUGACUAUUCUUUAGUUUCAGUUAUAAUACGAAUUAUAGAUGAAAAUGAACGCUGACACAAUAAAUGUGAAACACAUUUAAGACAAAAUUCAUUUUCCAAGUUAGUUUCUAAAAUUUCAAGGAGUCGAUUUUGUCCUGUCAAGCCUUAUGCGUUGGGAGGAGAAAGCCUUGAUAGAGGUGUAGACCGAAAUGGGGUAAUUUGGCCUCUGCGGCUUAACGCAAACCGUGUUUUAAAUAAUAUUCAUCCAUUAUAAUUGCGAACUCGUCUGCCUGUCGGUAGCACGUCUUAUAGCACUUAACAAGACAUGCGGUUCUUUUUCCUACUGUCACCCCACGCAAUCCCUUCCACGUGUCACUCUGUCAUGCCGCACAAUUAUUCUCCAGACAACUGAUUAAUCCUACGACUGAAGCUGCCAACGAUAUGAAUGUAUACAAAGUGCAUCUUUUUAUACAGAAUUUCGCAAACGCGAGACCAGUACAUGAUGGUCAAAUGCUCACAAAGUGUUGAACAAGUUUUUAUCUAUAGACUUCGUAGCUGUUUGUAUGUUGUGCAUAUGAAAAGUCAAUUGUUAUAUAUCGGUGUCUUGUAGCAUAUCCAUAUUUCUCAUAUGCAUCAUGUUUCACUCAAGACAAAAGCAAUGCUCCUCAACAUAUGCUCCACCUCCACUAAUUUUAAUGUUCCAUUCGUAUCAACUGUCUGUGUACUCAGUUGUUUUCUUCAUUCAAGUACGUUUCUGCGGAAAACACGAAUCUAUGUUUAGUCCUCCGAACACAGUGAAAAACACACGCCCAAUAAUAUUGCCAAAUCCAUUAGGUGCUCAGCAUUCAAAUUUACUUCACUGAUAUUUUUGAAAGAAUCGGCAGGCGUUAGGCGAUAGUGUUUGUAUAAUUAUUCGUUAUCGGAUCUAAUUUCCACAAACAUCGACAUGUGCUCGCAAAAGCUUUGAAUGUCUUGUCCACGAGAAUACAGAAUCGUUUGUCGAUAGUAAUGUUCUUACAACACUGCCAAUAUUACGAUCUGCGAGUUGCAGUUCGCGUCAUGCACUUCUAUUUGGGAAUUUGGUACAUGUGCUAUCUUCCUCGCCUCUCAACCUAUUUCUGGUGACCGCAAUGUACACAAAAUUAGAGGUCUUCAUUCAUUGGUAGAGCACCGUAAUGGUGUGCAUGAGAACUCCAUGGAACCACUGAACUCCCUUGCUGUUUAUAAUAAAUGGUAUUUCUUUUCAAAAGUAGAUCUACAUAGCAUAAUGCAACGGAGACUAUUUUGCAGACGCUAGAAUUGAUCAACAGUAGGAGUUUUGUGCCGCUUGGAAACGCAUAACCUCGAGUGAUGCGUCUGCACAAAGGACUCGUCGCAACAAAGCUGUCCAGUGCGGUGAUUGUAGGAUAUUCAAUACUUUCCCCACGCGGGAAUAGAUCGGCCCCGGCUAGAAAAGGAAAUUUUUCUCUAUGUUGGACAUUCGUUAUCGUAACAAUAAAUAUCCAUGUUCUAAGGAAUGUGAAGAAGUCUCUUUCAUGUUGUACUUCACUUACCACCACAAAGGAAUAACCGAUUCUUAUGUUAAAAUAACAUAAAAUCGAACGUACAGCUUUAAGAGGGGUGCUCAUUUAGA